UAGUUCACACGCCGUCACGAUGAAACGCGCGUUCGCUGUUGUGGCGGUAUGUCUGCUUCUCGUACAGUUCACCGCAUCCGACAAUGUGGAGUCUUGUAGCAGCCCCAUUUAUUGCCAAGGACAACUACUGGACACAAUACAGCAGGCACACAUCUUCAACGACUCUAAAUCGUUUGUCGACCUUAGCCUUGUCAAGACUCCGGAUGAAACUCUAAAAGUUUUCGACAAUUUGAUGGUGAACACCAGUAACAAUCCCACACAGGAUCAACUAAAGAGCUUUGUGGGCGACUACUUCACUGAUUCCGGUGAGUUAGAUAAUUGGUCACCUCCUGAUUUUAAGGAAAAUCCAUCGUUUUUGGAAAAAAUCUCCGACAUUGAAGUAAAGGAUUUUGCCAAACACUUGAUAGCUAUUUGGCCUACGCUCGGUCGCAAAGUGAAACAAGAAGUUUUUGACCACCCUGAAAAGCACUCACUCAUCCCUCUGCCAAAUGGAUUCAUUAUACCAGGAGGACGCUUCAAAGAAAUUUACUACUGGGAUUCUUACUGGAUUGUCAAAGGAUUACUUAUUAGUGAAAUGACUGAAACUGUACGGGGAAUUUUGGAAAAUUUCUUGUCUUUAGUAGAAAAAUACGGAUUCAUACCUAACGGUUCCAGAGUAUAUUACCUCAACAGAUCUCAACCACCUUUCCUAACAAUGAUGGUGAAUGAAUAUAUAAAAGCAACAAACAAUAUCACAUGGCUCAAAGACAACAUACAAAUUGUAGAAGACGAACUUAACUUCUGGAUUAGAAAUAGAUCAAUUACGGUGCAAGACAAAAAUUCCGCAAAAUACAAACUUGCCCAUUACAGUGUGGAAAGCAACACACCUAGACCUGAAUCCUAUAUUGAAGACAUCAGAACUUGUGCAUAUCAACCAAAUGAAAAUAAAAAGAAAAGCUGUUACCAAAACCUGAAGAGCGGCGCAGAAACCGGUUGGGACUUCACAACACGUUGGAUCUUUGAUGACGAAGGCGUAGCUGCCAACUUAUCCAACAUUCAAACAAGAAGAAACAUUCCAGUAGACUUGAACGCAUUCCUUCAGGGUAGUUUCUCUAUUCUCUCAGAACUCUAUGCAAAAUUAGGUGAAGACAAAAAACAACAACUUUGGAAAGAUUAUGCCGAUCUAUGGGAAAAGGGAAUCGAGGCCAUUUUGUACAAUGAAGAGGACGGCAUUUGGUACGAUUAUGACAGCAUUAAGAGGGUGCCAAAGAAAGGUUUCUAUCCCAGCAAUUUCGCACCUCUGUGGACCGGUUCUUACAACAAGGACAUGGGGAAGAUUCUGGGAGAAAGGGCUGCAGAAUAUUUCGAAAGAGAAAACGUCACACAAUACCAAGGUGGAGUCCCAUCUUCACUAAAUCAUUCAGGAGAACAAUGGGACUUCCCGAACGCGUGGCCACCACUACAAGAUAUCAUCCUCAGUGGGUUGUACAAAUCUAAGGGAACGAAAGCCAAAGAAAUCGCCAAAGAGUUCAUUUCUAGAUGGGUAAAAGCCAACAUGAGGGGCUACAGUGAAAACGGAGAGAUGUUCGAGAAAUACGAUGCAGAAGUACCCGGACAAUUCGGAGGCGGUGGCGAAUAUGUCGUACAAUCCGGAUUUGGAUGGACAAACGGCGUCGUGUUGAGCUUUAUCCAUGAUCAUUACACUGGAAAUCGUUGUUGAUAGAAACGAGCUAAGAAAAGAAAAUUACCAAUUCAGUAAUUAUAUUGUAGUAUUUCUGUUUUAUUAGCUGGUAAGCUAUUCUCUUCGAUCUCCAGAUGAUUGAUAGCAGCUAUGUUCCUUGAAAUGUUAAGAUUAUUUUAUUAUAGUGUCUUUAUUAAAUUAAA